AUGUGGUACAGUAUCCUGUGCUCCACGGCUGUCAUUUCGGGAUUCAACACGCUGCCUAUCAUUCUUUUCCCGCCUGAACCCAAUUCAAACCAGUUGCUAUCACAUCCCUUUCUCAACUUCGCCUUCAACCGCUUUCCAUCAAGCAAGUCGCAGUGCUCCCAAGCAUCACCUCCCACAGCGACUAUGGCGAACGUGACUGUAUGCGUCAGGUUCCGGCCCCAGAACAAGAUCGAGCUUCACGAAGGCGGGCUGAUCUGCGUCGAGAAGAACUGCGACCAAUCGUUCUACUUGAAGGAUGAGAAGGACGAGAAGACGCUGUUCACGUUCGACCGGACCUUCUACCAGGACUCGUCGCAGCAGGAAGUCUUCAGCUACGUCGCGCUGCCCGUCGUGCAGGAUGCGCUUUCGGCAAUCAACGGCACGGUGCUCGCGUAUGGUCAGGUAUGGCCGAUUCAGCUCGUCGAUUCGCGGUUCGUCGUACUAACUCGCCACCGUCCUCGCAGACCGGCGCGGGCAAGACGCACACCAUGGAGGGACCCAACAUGCUCAUCGACGACCCCGAGAGUUCCGGGAUUCUCCCGCGCGUCGCCAAGGAGAUCUUCGUGCGAAUCAACGCGUCGGACGCCCCCAGCGAAUACAAAGUCGCUCUCUCUGUGCUCGUUUGGGCAGGUGGAAAUAUACAUGGAGCGAAUCAGGGACCUGUACGAUGUGUCAAAGGACAACCUGGUGGUGAAGGAGGACCAAACUCGAGGGAUCUCCAUUGCCGGCGUCACCGAGAUAUAUGUUGAAGGCGAGAGGGAAAUGCUUCAGCUUCUCGAGGCUGCGAUCAAGAAUCGGGCUGUUGGGGCGACCAACAUGAAUCAGGGAAGCAGCCGCAGCCACUGCAUGUUUCUUCUGACAAUCCAACGAACCUCUGCUGAUGGGAGCAGCUCGCAAGUUGGGAAGAUCUACCUUGUGGAUCUGGCUGGCUCGGAGAAGGUUGACAAGACAGGGGCGGAAGGACGUCUGCUGGAUGAGGCCAAGAUGAUUAACAAAUCGCUCUCUGCUUUGGGGAAUGUCAUUAACGCCCUCACAUCCGAUAAGGCUACGCACAUCCCCUACCGUGACUCCAAGCUCACUCGGAUAUUGCAAGAAUCGCUGGGUGGAAAUUCACGUACAACUCUACUGUGCUGCUGCUCCCCUUCCACUUACAACUAUACAGAAUCCGUUUCUACUGUUCGCUUCGGCUUAAGAGCGAAGCAAAUCAAGAACAAGCCUGUUGCCAAUAAGGAGGUGGGGCGUGGGGAGCUCCAGCGUCGCUUGCAGGAAUCGGAGCUGGAGUGCGAGCUUCUAAGGCAGCACAUUCAGAGCUUGACCCUGGCCAUUCAAAGGCUUCCUGGUGGAGAUGGGGUUUUGAGGGACAUUGGAGAACCAAUCAGUGGAGAGACUUCAGGAUCCAAUAACAGCCUGAAGGGAAGCCAAUUGCUUGCUGCGUGCAUUGAAGGGUUGCAUGGCAUUCUUGCCAGUGAGGGCAUGGCGUGGGCAUCUGAGCUGCCCACCAUUAAAGACACGAGUGACAUUCCCAAGCUGCUGCCUAGUGCGGUUGAGGAGCACCUUUCUAGUCAGUCCAGUGAGGGAAACGAUGAGAAGGAUUUGAAGUACCUCGAAGAGGCCUUGGAUGAUAUGGCUGCCCGUCUCAACAAGCUGGAAAGCAAGAUAGGAAGAUAG